ACGCUAUAUUAUCGUGGUCUAGGGUUGGGGAGCGAUCUUCUCCGAAUCUCCUAUAGCGAGCCUCCAAUCCUUCUCGCCUAUAUCUUCACUCGGCUAAGCUCAUCGAAGCAGAAGUAGUUGUCUUCUCAUUGACGAUGGGUGCAUACACCUAUGUGUCGGAGCUAUGGAGAAAGAAGCAAUCCGAUGUAAUGAGGUUCCUUCUGAGGGUGAGGUGCUGGGAGUACCGCCAACUUCCUUCAAUUGUUCGCGUCACUAGGCCCACUCGUCCCGACAAGGCUCGCCGGCUUGGCUACAAGUCUAAACAGGGGUAUGUCGUCUAUCGUGUGCGUGUGAGACGUGGGGGAAGAAAGAGACCUGUACCUAAGGGUAUUGUUUAUGGAAAACCCACGAACCAGGGAGUUACUCAGCUGAAGUUUCAGCGUAGCAAGCGCUCAGUUGCUGAAGAGCGUGCUGGCCGAAAAUUGGGUGGCCUUCGAGUACUCAAUUCAUACUGGAUUAAUGAGGAUUCUACCUACAAGUACUUUGAGGUAAUCUUGGUUGACACUGCCCAUGCGGCAAUCCGUAAUGAUCCUAGGAUCAAUUGGCUAUGCAAUCCUGUUCACAAGCACAGAGAGCUUCGAGGAUUGACCUCAGCUGGGAAGAAGAACAGGGGGCUCAAUGGGAAGGGACACAGGUAUCACAAGAACCGGCCUUCAAGAAGAGCCACCUGGAAGAGGAACCAGACUCUUUCCCUCAGACGAUACCGUUAAUGCUAAAAAUACUAUCUUGCAGUUUUUGUUGCUCUGCUUGUGUCAUGAAAGUUUUUAUUUGCUAGAACCUCAAUUACUUUUUUUUCAAGUUUGGCUAAUCAAUCAUCGAUAUUUUGGUGAAUUUGGUGUACUUAUGGAUAUCUUAAUGUCUACUCCGCAUUCAUUAGUGCUGCUCUUUUAGAUAUUA